AUCUUCCACUCGCCAGCUGAUCGGCCUCGACUCCCGGUGCGGUCCAUCGGACUGUACGCGGCCGUUAAUUUCUUGAUUUUUGUCUAAAUUACGUCGAAUUCAUAGUAACGGCUGCUCAUGUCCACAUCUUUCACUUCUUACGCUGCGUUUUCAGCUCGGGGAUUUCGUUGCAAAGCAUUUUUGAUUAAACGUCGAGCCGAGGAAUUCCCGCACAAGCACUAGGCCGCAGCGGAUCCCCGGUGUUUCCUGCUGAAACCUGCCGCCGUCACAUCGCCACCAUGGGGGACACGGGAAGCGAGCGCAGCAAGCCGCCUAGCAUUCCUCCCCGCUGCCCUUGUGGAUUUUGGGGGUCCAGCAAAACCAUGAACCUUUGCUCCAGAUGUUUUGCUGACAUACAAAAGAAACAGCCAGAUGAGGACUGCACUCCAGAGCCCGCCCCCAGCUCAAGCAAUAGCCAAUCAGCAGUCUUCUGUAACGAGGCGAGCAGCAGCAGUAGCCAAACCCUGUCCUCAAAGCCAGCCAGCUCUGAAGAGCCCUCGACAGAAGCCACACCUCUUCCUGCACAGGACGAAGUCUCCAGUACAGACACAGCUCGCGGCACGCUAUCCACUCCUACAAAACGACCCUGCGACUCAGCCUCAGGUUCGGAGAGCGAGUCGUCUCCGGAGAAGCGUGUUCGUGUGGGAGAGGCCUCAUGUUCUGAAGAUUCUCCACGAGUUCCCAAGCAGAAGAACCGUCGGCGAUGCCAUCGCUGCCAAACCAAACUGGAGCUCGUACAACAGGAGCUGGGGUCCUGUCGCUGUGGUUAUGUGUUCUGCAUGUUGCACCGGUUGCCGGAGCAACACGACUGUAUGUUUGACCAUCUGGGCCGCGGCCGAGAGGAAGCCGUGCUGAAGAUGGUGAAACUGGACCGCAAGGUGGGCAGAACCUGCCAGCGCAUCGGAGAGGAGUGCUCUUGAACGCCCCCCCUACACACACACACACUCGCUCGCAAACACACACACACACGUAUCCACCGACCACACGACUCACUCACCUGUUAGUGGCAUCUUUUUUCCUCCAACACAUCUCAGAGGACCUACACCCCUGCUUGACUUCUGACCUCUGACCCCUCUCAGUAGCCUCGUGCUCAUCUCACACAGGCGACCCGCACAGCCUUAACUUUCUGUUAUCUGUUCCUCCACACACACAAACGCAGGUCAGACGAAUUUGCCAGUCUGUACUUUGGAGAACUGCUCUCGUCUCAGAGGCUGCGAUCGACUCCAGGGGAAACACAUCGAUCGAUCGAGACCUCUGGGAACUUCUGCUCCGGACAUUCCGUUGACAGACACCGGCCGAGGCAAGGGGUGGAUGACUUGGAUCGCACGAGUCACCCCGUCCCGGGACAAAACGAAAAAAAGGCCGGCUCUGCUGCGGCCCGUGGGCUCGAGCCGCGUCAGAGCUGUGCCCAUUUCACUGGCGUACUCACACUCACAUAUGCACUUAGAGCUGUGUUUUCAAACGCCGCUCGGCACGAGGGCCGAGGCCAAACCAGACGGUACCCUUCGGUUUGGGUUCGGUUGGGAAAGGGCCGCCACAGCUCAUCUGAGAACUAGUUCGUUCAGGUCUAAAUAAACACACUCUGUAACCUCGUAUGACUCCCUUCAGCCCUUGCAUUAUACACUCUGCCUCUUUUAAAGCAGCUGUGGCUGUGAUCUCGGUGGCUUAUUUUUUUUUUGCCCUUUUUUCUCGCUUUCUCUCCUUCAUUCUCACUAGUUCCUGUACUUUCUCCUGCCUGCUCAUGCUAACCUUUCUUUCUAUAUUCUCUUGAUUUGUUCUCUCUCUUUUUCUUUCUUUCUUUCUUUCCUUCCCUCCCUCACUUGCAUUAUGGAGGGAUGG